AUGAACAUACUAUCAAAUUAUUUUAAGUUAAACCCAGAGACAUAUUAGAAUUUCAUUCUGUGGAAAUCGACCAUGACCAUCAUAUCCUCGUAUUAAUGCUUCGAUAUUGUUUUAACCAUAGCUCAAGCUCUAAAUUACGAGAUAGAAGGACAAAAACUGGUUUUCAUAUAUCGCAUAAUGGUAAUUAAAUAGCCAACAUUUUUAGAUCUAAGUGUUUUUGAUAAUAGCUUUUCAUAUUGCCAUGAGCAAAUUAAAGAAAGAAACUGCUCUGUUAAUAAAUAUAAUUACAUUGUUGAAAUAUUUCAGUCUAAUAAUUUUAUGGUGUGAAACUAACUAUGACUUAAUAUAUACAAAUGAAUAUGACCAGAGAAGUUAUGCCUUCGAGAUGUAUGGAAUUAUGAUAUUGUUUCUGAUUGCAAUUGAGUCAUAGCUUUGCAAGAGUCUUAUAAUUUUAUUUUCAUUGUUUUACACUCUAUUCAGGUAUUAUAAACGCAUUAUCGAUAAUAGAUUCCCUUCAUUUACUGACAAUCUAGAAAUAAUAGGAUCAACAAGGGUCAUUUUUGGACAUCUUAUGAUCUAAUCUUUAUUGAUUUAUAACUUAUAUCAAACUUAAAAUUCAAACGAAACCGUAUUAUACAGGAACUUCAGCCCUUAAAACACUCAAAGAGCCCUGUAUACAAAUACCUAGAGAGAAAUGACGGAACCAUAAAAUAAAAGAAAUCACAUUCAAAACAUAACAAAUGAGGAUCUUGAAAAUCUAAAUAAUUUAAAGCAAUUAGAAUAGUAGUAUGAAUUUUUAUUGGUGAAUUUUCAAUGUGGAAUCUACAUUUUUGAAAAUGCCUAGCAACCAAUAAGAAUAAUAAAUUCAUUCAUGUCCCAUAUCGUUUUGAAUGAAGAUUAGUUAAAUCCAUAGUUGACUCAGUUGGAAUUGUAUGACUUUGGAUUUCUAUCUGAAGAAUCAUGCACCAUAUUGCCCAGUUUCCAUAGAAGUAAAGACAUCAGUAACUUCAUCAAAUUUACUUAAACUCUUGAGUACUAAUAUAUUAAUGUAUUUGAACAUAGAACAUAUUGUUUGAGAAUGGAUAAUCUGAAGAAAAGAAAGAAAUACAAUUUUUUUGUAGGAAAAUGUAAAUGCAAACCUUGAUCGAACAUCUGCUUGCUUUUUCUCAUAUCAAAUAUAAUUUAACAAAUUUCGCUCUGGACUUUUCCUUGAAGAUCUAUAUGAAAAAAGGUAAUUUCCCAAAUAAGUAUAACUAGACAAACUGUACACUCAAGUCAUUUUGAAUCCUGUGAUUAUUUCAAGCAAACCUCAAAUCCUAAUAUACAUCAGCGAUUUAACUGAAGAGCCAUUCAUUCUCUAACUCUAACAAUAUCUAAAAAACAGUGAUGACAUAAUACAAACCAUUUCAUAGAAAAUCAAAGAACCUUUGAAUUGCACAUUGUCAAUGUUAGAACUGGUCCAAGUAAUUUGUUUCCAUUAAUCUAAAAUAGAAAGAAGUCAAUCAGGAUUUAUAAACCUAAUAUAUUGACCCCGCAUUGGCAGGUUGCAAAUUAUUAAUUAGCACUGCAAAUGACUUCUAGGAUUAUGUCACUAUGCAUAAAAAGAAUAAAUUAGACCGAAACUUAAUGGAUAUCCACACUAGAGAAUUCAUUUCAGAUUGUUUAAACAUCAUCAAAGCAUAAGCUUUGUUUAGAGGCUUAAACAUAUAAGUACACAUUAAGCAGAACGUUCCGAUGUUCUUAAGAACUGAUCCAAAUAGAGUUAGACAAGUUGUGUUGAGUCUGUUAAGUAAUAAUUUUUCGAUUCAUAAAAUAUAGUCAAAUCCAUUCAAGUUACUGUUAAUGGUAGCAUUGAAAUUUCUUCCUAAAAGUCGCCUUUAUUGACAGAUCACAUAGAGAUAAUCAUUAAGGUCAUGGCUACAAAUGUAAACGAAGGAAUUUUAGAAAGCGUAGAACAAACCAUCAAGCAUUUGAAACAACAAACAUUAGUUAGCAAAUAAAUGACAGACAUAGUUGCAACCUCAAAAUAGUAUUCUUUUUCUAUUCUCACAGCAUUCUACAUAUCCUUAGCUGUUGCUAUCAUGCCUUUUGAAUUCAAUUCAAUAAAGACUGAAGAAGGCACAUAAUUCUAUUUUAUUUUAUUGAUUAAGAAUGAGAAUCCAAAUUUCAACAAACAGCUAACACAAAAAAGGUAAUCUGCACUGGUUGCAAACAAGUCUCAAUUUCAUUAAGUGUAUGGUUAGAGUGACCAAUUUAAAAGGCAUUAAUCAUAGAGAUUAACAGAAAUAAGUAGAAUAUAAGUGUAAGAGAAACUCAAAAAAAUGAAAAGAGAAUCUUAAGAAGAAACUAUAUCUGGCAAAGUAGAUCCUCAAAUACCAUAAUUUGGACAAUCUGAAUUAUCUUAUAAUCAACAAUAACCUGGCAAAUCUUACUCUGUUUCUUAAAUCUCCGAAUAAGAGGACUCAUAACAAAGUUCUUCAUCCUCAGACUCAAAAGCUGAAAUGAAUAACCCUGAUGGUGAUGUAGAAUCUAGCAAAUCAAGUUUUUAAUUAGACGAUAAAGUAGGGAAAAAAGAAUUAAAAUAACAACCAUCUUAAUUUCUUGAUACUAUCAUUUGUGUUAAAGAACCAAAAGCAAGAAAGAUUUCAGUCAGUUUUAUCUAAUCAAGACUACAUCCUUAGAUUUCAUAAUAACUUACAUCUAAAUAAAGAGAUUCGCUUCUUACCUUUGGAGGACGAUCAUCAGUCUAUUCUUCAAUGAGAAUUUCUUCAGUUAAUUUAGGUCCAAAUGAAUUAUUAGAUUGUUUUGAAAAAAUGGAAAGAAUUAAAUAAUAGUAAUUUGUUUACAAAUGCCAAGUAUAUUAUUUUUAAAUUGAAUUUUAGUGUCCUAAGAUUUUAAUUUGUGAAUAGAAUGACUUUGAUUUAUAUGCUAUCUCCCAUUAACUAAGCAAUCUCAAGAUUCCAUACAUUUACACUAUGCAAAGAAUGCAUAUUGUGGAUUAAUUAAGGAAGCAAUUUUCACAAUAUAAAACUUGUUGUAAAGGAUAUCAUAUUGUAUUUGUUGGAGUUGAGUAUGUGAAUGAAUAAUUCAGCCAAGAUUGUGCAAAGAUUAAGGCAGUUUUAAGUGAAUAUUAAAAAGAUACAAGACUAAUUGGUUUGAUUGGAUUUUAAGACGAUGAGAGUAAAAUAGCUUUAAAAAAAUUACCAUUUCAUGAUUGCUUAUAAAAACCUAUAAUGAUAGAUGCUUUGUUAUUCAUUUUAGCUAAAUGGGUCAAAUUGUGA